AUGACCAAACUUCAUACAGUGCCGUUCCUCAUCAACGGUAGCGAUCACACCAACGACAAAGUCAUUGAUGUGGUUUCUCCCUCGAGCGGCGAAGUCGUCCACCGAUACCACAGCGCUGACGUCAAGGAAGCCAUUGCUGCUGUAGACGCUGCCGCUGGAGCUUUCAAGUCAUGGCGCAAAACGAGACCUUCCGAUCGUCGCGAUCUAUUAUUCAAGGCGGCUGAGAUUAUGGAAAGGCGAAGAGAUGAGCUCCGCAGUUACGCUAUGUCGGAGACUGGUAGCGAUGCUACUUGGGCCAACUUCGAUAUCACCACUGCCAUUAGUCACAUUAAGGAGGUUGCUGGCCGCGUGGGAACACUUGAGGGUGCAAUUCCUAUCACAUCGGAUCCUAACACAACCGCUCUUGUCGUGAGAGAACCUUACGGUGUCGUUUUGGCCAUUGCACCAUGGAACGCUCCUUAUAUCUUGGGCUCAAGAUCUGUUAUCUUCCCAAUUGCUGCUGGUAACACAGUUGUCUUCAAGGCCAGCGAGGUUUGCCCUCGAACUCUUUGGGCUAUUGCCGAUAUCUUCAGAGAGGCAGGAUUUCCAGAUGGUGUCCUCAAUGUCAUCUUUCAUGAGCGAUCUACUGCCGCAGCAGUUACCUCAUCCCUGAUAGAACAUCCUCAGGUCAAAAAGAUCAACUUCACUGGUAGCACACCUGUGGGUCGCAUAGUUGGAAAGAUUGCGGGCGAGAACUUAAAGCCUGUCAUUCUGGAGUUGGGUGGUAAGGCUCCUGCUAUUGUCUGGGAGGAUGCCGACCUCGAUCUUGCUGCUCUUCAGUGCACACUGGGAGCUUUCAUGAACUCCGGACAAGUCUGCAUGGCCACAGAGAGGAUUUUGGUUCAUAAGAACAUCAAGGAUGAGUUUGAGAAGAAGCUGUCAGCUACUAUCGAGCAAAUCUUCUCCUCUAAGGGAGAUGCCCCAGUUCUUGUUGCCUCAGCUCCUGUUGACAAGAACAAGGCCCUGGUCAAGGAUGCCCUUUCCAAGGGUGCCUCUCUGGUUCAUGGAAACCCCGACCUUGAAGAGACCAGCAAAACCCGUUUAAGGCCGAUCGUGAUCAGGGACGUCACCACGGAAAUGGAUAUCUACCAGACAGAAUCCUUUGGCCCUACCGUCUCUCUCAUCACCAUUGAGACUGAGGAGGAGGCUACCAAGAUCGCCAACGAUACUGAUUAUGGCCUAAGCUCAGCUCUGUUCACAUCAGAUCUUCAGAGAGGCCUUCGUAUCGCUCGUGAGAUUGAAACAGGUGCGGUGCACAUCAACAACAUGAGUAUUCAUGAUGAGGCUAGUCUCCCUCAUGGAGGAGCUAAGUCAAGCGGCUAUGGGCGGUUCAAUGCUUCUGCUGGUCUCGAAGAAUGGACUCGAACAAAGAAUAUUACAUUUAAGAACUAG